AUGGGGAAAAGACAAAUCCCAGACCCUCCUAACUUGAAGAAAUACGGUGUUCCUUUCUACUCCGUUGUUUGGAUUCCCGAACACCUUAUCAAAUCGCGCCAAAUUGAAGCCGCAGAUGAUUCCCACGACUCCGAUCACAACACUGCGCCCUCCACCGCACCGGAGCCAGACCCCCCUACUAAGGCGGAGCCGGAUCCCUCGACGGUUGCCGGCAACUACCUGCUGUUCGCCGGUGGCGGCGGAGCAGGUCGCAGCGGUAUUCCGAAUGCUUUGGUGAUUGCACAUUUCGAUGUUGCGUCGAAUUCUCUCUCUGACCAACCGGUACGAAUAUUCCUUCUGCUUCAAGCAGAUUAUGCAAUUCUUAAGAAAUUGGUUUUGUGGAAGGAAUUGGAUGGUUAG